AUGAGAGGAAAGCGCUCAAAACAGUAUCGCAAGCUCAUGGAGCAAUACUGCAUGACAUUUGGUUUUCGCGAAGCCUACCAAGUUCUGGUGGACGCUGAAAUGGUGCAAGAUGCGUGCAGAUUCAAGAUGGACCUGUCGGCAGGAUUGGAGCGCACAGUGCACGGCAAAGUCAAGCCCAUGAUUACGCAGUGCGAGAUUCGGAAGCUGUACGAGAAGAAGAGCGAGCCCGGCAUCCGGGACGCCAUCGAGCUCGCCAAGAACUACGAGCGCCGCCGCUGCGGGCACCACCCGGACGAGUACCCGAAGCCGCUGUCGACGCUCGAGUGCCUGUCGUCGGUCGUGGACCCCAAGCAGACGGGGCAGAACAAGCACCGGUACGUGGUGGCCAGCCAGAGCCAGGAGGUGCGGCGGGCGCUUCGCGGCGUGCGCGCGGUGCCGCUCAUCUACAUCAAGCGCAGCGUCAUGAUCCUGGAGCCCAUGGCCGACGACAGCGCCGACGUGCGCAUGCGCGAGGAGAAGGCCAAGUUCCGCGCGGAGCUGAAGAAGAGGACACCGAAGCGCAAGCGAGACGAGGACGAGGACGAGGACGAGGAUGGGGGGGAGGAGGGUGGCGCAACGGUGGAGAGUGCGGCGGAGAAGAAGAAGAAAAAGUACGGCGCGGGCAAGGAACCGAACCCGCUGUCGGUGAAGAAGGCGAAGAAGAACCCGCAGCAGAUUGAGGAGGAGAGGAGGAGGAAGCAGAAGCUGGAGGCCAAGGAGGCGGCGGAAAAGCCCAAGAGGAAGCGCAGGCGGAGGGCCAAGGGCGACGGUGACGGCGAGGGGGCUACGGGGGAGAGCGGCGCCGGCGAAGCGGGCAAUGCGGGCGGCGAGGGUGAGGGAGAUGACGGUGACAAUGAGUAG